AUGUCAAAAAUUGUGAAGACAUUGUUGUUUGGACCGAGGAAAUUCAAGCGAAUCCAUCAAAUAGAGUACGACCUACGCCCUGGUGAUAUUGUGGAGCUAAAGCAAAAGAAACGCGUUUGUAAGUACAGGGUGUGUGUACUGCACAUCGGCGGUAAUUACGUCAUUAACUUCCACAAAGGAAAGUGUUUCAAAGCCGGCAUUAGGAGGUCUGCCCUCGGUAGAAAGGUGCGAAUUCUGAAUCACAUACUGGAUGACAAGUACGGGAAAGAACCGUUACCAUGUGAACAGGCCAUCGCCAGGGCACUUAAGUUUGCAGACAAGGAAGACCAGGAGUACUCUAAUUAUUUUUUAAAUAGCGAACAUUUCGUAAUCUGGUGUCGCUAUGGCAACUCCAUUCGACUUCUGUCUCCGUCAGAAGGCAGGCCGCUGCCCAUAGUAACAUGCACACCGUUUAACACCCCCGAUCUGUGUCGUAACCACCCAAGAGACCCGCGUAAGGCACCAUUAGCCAUGUUAGAAGCUUACAUUUCGGAGGAGGAUGAUAGCGAUGAGGAAGAUGAUAAUGGUGGUGAUGAUGGUGAUGAUGAUGACGAAGACGUCAUGAAAAACCAUUGUAAAUCCAUUGUCCAACCGCAACGGACUGAAAGACCAGUGUCAAUCCUGUUAAAACUGAAAGAAGACCCCCCAAAUGAAUUUAGUUAUGACCCGGAAGCAAUGUUACCAAGAGUGACCCCGGAAGAAGAAAAAAUGUCAGGAGGAUUGGAAGAAAUUACGAGAGGCAUAGAAGAAUUACAGGUAUCGUUUACCAAGCUAAACGUGUACUUCAAAGAUUACGAAGCUUUGCUGAGCAUGACGGCUGAGAUGGACGGCGACGCCAUAAAGAGAACGGCCAGUGUUAGCAGCCGCGGUGAAGACAAUAAUAACAUUGCAAGUCGACCAUCAUUUCCUGACGAUGGCAAAGGCGUAGAGACUGAGAGUCGACCCCGUUCUUCAACCGUUGCCGUGGCGACACCCAGUACUUACGUACAUGUCAGGAAGUGGAUUCACGACCAACGAGAAAUCUUAUCUCAACUACCGAUGUACACCCAUAACCCAAAAGAAUAUCUUAGAAGCCUUAACAAGGUCAUAACGAAUUCACAAAGCCUGGGACAAAUUUCGGAAAAACCACCUCGUCGUAGGUCACAGCGGGUGUCUGAACCCUGUAGGUGGACAAGGCCUGAUACGAAUCUAGAUGAUGCUGAUAUUGAACCAAGCUGUCCAUAUAUCCAUGCAUGGCACAGCAACCCAGCCGUGUUCGAAUCAAACACUCGCGACUUUAAACCUCGCCCGGCUUCAUUGACAACUGAGCAAACUGGUUCUGACGUCAGCCUAGUUAGUGGUAAAUCUGCCCCACUGUUUCGUGAUAUCGUAGGUAACCGUCUGUCAGUCGCAACGACGGAUUCGAUGCUAAGUGACAGCGAUCUCGUUCUCACAUACGAUUUGGAGUAUGACGACCACGAAAUAGAUCACAUGUAG